AUGACCAAUGAGGGUCGACGGAAGAAGGCCGAUGAGUUCUAUGGAAUGCUCGAAGAGCGUAACAUAGACAGGGUUGUGUUUGGUAACCGGGAAUUUGAUACGUGGUACGGCAACGCAGCGUAUUUCUAUGGCACCGAACACUCGAUUCCAGGGUAUGAAUAUGCUAAUAAAGUGGCCAAUGAUCCCACGUUUAAACGACGGAAACAGCAGCCACAGCAACUGCAGCAGAACCUGCAGCAACAGUCGUCUUCUUCCCAUUGGAUAUCCAAAUUGUACGUGUGCAAUUACUGUUUCAAAUACACCACCAAUGGUUCGCAUAUGGCAUCUCAUAGAGACAAAUGUUGCUAUCGAGUUCCCCGACCAACUAUAGGCAAAAUGUGCUACAGAGACGACGAUAACCACAUUGUCAUACGACAGAUCCGAGGUUUCAAGAACCCGUUGUUCUGUCAAAACUUAUCUCUAUUUGGUAAGCUAUUCUUGGAGGAUAAGUCUGUGUUCUACAACGUUGAUAACUUUGAUUUCUAUGUGAUUUAUGGACGAGACGAGCAAGAUACAGAGACAAAGACAAAGACAAGAAGAAGCAGGCGGAAAUCAGCCCGAUCAACCAAUAAUGUUGAUCUUGUUGAUCUUGUUCCUUUGGGAUUCUUCUCCAAAGAAGUCUUAUCAUGGGAAACACAAGUUAAUCUUGCAUGUAUAUGUAUAUUCCCCAUUUUCCAAAGAAGACACUUGGGGUCCUUAUUGAUUGAAUUUCUGUAUGAACUCAGCAAAAGAGAAUACAAACAACACAUUAGUGGACCCGAAUAUCCACUAUCACCUUUUGGGAAGGUGACAUAUCUUCGAUAUUGGUCAAAGAAAUUGGCAUCAAUCCUUGUCAAUUAUAGUCACAGUCACAGUCAUAGCCCUAAGCCUAACAUUACCUUGGACGAACUAAGUGAACUAUCGUGUUUCCGGAAAGAGGACAUCCUUUUGACUAUGGACUACAUGCAACUCCUAACAAAGGAUAUGGAAUCAGAUAUCAUCACCCUACAUUUGGGAAAUGUUGAAUAUUGGUGUAAGAGUAUAGGGUGGGACCCUAUGUCGUAUAGAAGCUUGUUAAAUGUUGACAACUUAGUUAUAUAG